CCACGACGAGAGCUGCAGACAAAGGUGAGGAACCUUCUGUGUCUCGCUGGCCACGGUCCCUGCAGUCGCAGCCAUCACAGUCCGGAAUGGCUUCCUCCAAAUAUCUCAGUGUUUGGUGUCCAGCUUGAUUUCUUUUCCCCAGUGAUCUGCCAAAGAAGAGAAGGGAGGCCAGGCUCUGAGAAAGACAAACAGACCUCGCCCCAGUCGCAAGUCUUCCAUCCAACCACAGGGCGACUCGGCGACGGGGCGUGGUGCGAGCUGUUUCAAAGGCUCGCCGCUGUCACGCGUAAACAGAGGAAUUCAACAUGCCGACUCCAGGCGUGUGCCUCACCAUCCUCAGCGACCGUCACAGGAAAGCAGGGCUCGGGACCCCCAGCAACCCCGUGAGGUUCCUCAACCAGGACUACCAGACGCUGAAGCAGUUCUGUCUCAUCCGGCGGGUUCGGUUCAUCGAUGAGAUGUUCCCGCCCGACAGGACGUCCAUCGGCCAAGGCGUUCUGAAGCCCGAGGACCUGGAGCAGGUCGUCUGGCAGAGACCAGGAGUGCUUGUUCCGAACCCACACCUGGUGGUGGACGGCAUUUCCAGGUUCGAUUUCGGUCAAGGAGUGCUCGGCAACUGCUGGCUGCUAGCAUCCAUCGGCGCGCUGACAUUCCAGAAGAUCAUUCUCGAAAACGUGGUCCCCCUUGACCAGCGCUUUGACGUGGACUACUGCGGCCUGUUCCACUUCAGGUUCUGGAGAUUCGGGAAGUGGGUGGAUGUGGUCAUCGACGACAAGCUCCCGACAAUAGACGGGAAGCUCAUUUUCGUUCACGCCAAAGAGCCCACUGAGUUCUGGCCCGCUCUGUUCGAGAAAGCUUAUGCCAAAGUGUGUGGCUCCUACGCAGACAUGGUUGCUGGAACUCCGGCUGAGGCCAUGGUGGACUUCACUGGUGGGGUACACCUCCACAUCAAUCUGCAAGAACGUCCGUCAAAUCUGUGGGAGAUGAUGUUCAGGGCCGGGAAAGUCACGUCUCUGAUGGGCUGCGGGACACCACAGGGGGAAACUGCUGCCAACACUGUGUUAGAAAAUGGUUUGGUCCAAGGUCACGCCUACACCAUCACCGGAGUCAAACAGUUGCUGAGCCAAGGACAGCUGGCCUCCCUGGUGCGUCUCUGGAACCCCUGGGGCCGAGUGGAGUGGAAGGGGUCCUGGUCUGAUCGGUCUAAUCUGUGGCAGACUGUGGCGCCGGAAGAGAGAAAUCUAUGCCUCUCGGUGGCGGACGACGGGGAGUUUUGGAUGGACAUGGACGACUUCUGUAAGAACUUCAACAACCUGGACAUCUGCAGCUUGUGUCCGGAAUUUAUUGACGGAGGAUCAAAGUCCCAGUGGAUCCCCUCUAUCCACGAGGGGCGGUGGGUAGCUGGAACUACAGCAGGGGGUUGCAUGAACAGUCCAGACACAUUCUGGACCAACCCCCAGUAUCGCGUCACCAUCACCCGGUUGACCGAUGAAUGCGUGGAAAGACAGGACGAGAAGAACAUGCUGGUGUCGCUGAUGCAGAAGCCCGACAAGAGACACCGAUCUCUGGUUGAGAAUCUCCACAUUGGCUUCUGCAUAUUUGAGGUACCUCCAGAGCACACGACGGCAAAAGGAAAGUUCCUACCUGCUUUCUUCGCCCAAAACGUACCCAUCUUCCAACUGUCACCCUACCUCAACGCCCGCGGGGUGAUGCAUCUCCUGUCAGUCAAACCUGGGGAUUAUCUGAUUGUUCCAUCCACGUUUAGUCCCAACGAAACAGCAUCCUUCAUUCUGACCAUCUUGACCAAGGCGGAGAUUCUUGUCAACGAGAAUUCGGACAACAGCAAUAUCUACGAACAGAUACAUCCCGAUGAACCCGAUCUGUCCGAGAACUUCGAGGACGACGAAGUAAAGAGGAACUUCUUCCGACAGUUCUCCGACAAGUAUGAAGAAGUGGAUGACGUUCAGCUGCAGAUGAUGCUCAACGGUCACAUCCUGAAAGGGGACCUGAAAUCCGGUGGAUUCAGCCUGGACGCCUGCCGCGGCAUGAUCGCGCUGAUGGAUUCGUCUGUCACCGGGAGGCUGAACGCCAACGAGUUUGUGGAGCUCUGGGAGAAGAUCAUCACAUUCAGGGAUAUAUUCAACCUCACUGACGUCUCCAGGUCUGGAACGCUGUCGUUGAAGGAGCUGCGGCAGGCCAUCAUGGCCACAGGGAUCAAAGUCAGAGACGAGAUGUUGAACCUGAUGGCUCUACGCUACGGCGCCUCCUCUGGACACAUGACCCUUGAGAACUUCAUCUGUCUGGUGCUCCGCUUCAACGUGAUGAACGCCAUCUUCAAACAGUUGUCGGACGGAAAGUCAUUGACUCUUCAGAAGUCUGAGUGGCUCUGCCUCACAAUGUACAACUGAGGAGAAGAAGAGACUCGGGCGCCUGUGUUCCCACCUGCACUUAACCCCAGCCCCGACAUUUGAAGACGAUGUUUUCCUUUGAUCUUUUUCAAUUUCGAUGGGAGUUCGGAAGAUCGAUUUCUCCCUGGAAACUGUGAAACAUGCGCACCUUCAUUCUCUUCUACACAGGGUUCUGAUGUGAUGCUAAACUGCACUGCAGGAACCCAGUGCAGUGCAACAGGAAGUGAGUCCUGCAACAUGGUACCUGCGUCUCCUCUGAGAUAAAUGCUAGCGCAGUCUGCGUUCAUGUAUCGUAACGCUCACAGCUGACAUCAAUAAACAUCGAAGGGCAGCGAAAGGAACUAGGUGUGUUGACUUGCAUCUCUGAAGUCCAGAAUGCUUCGCUAACCAGAGUCACGCUGCUGGUUUAUCCAG